CAAAGCGAUGGGCUUGUUGGAGUGCGUGGGCUACUCGCUGAUAGCGUUCGGGCCAUCGCUGGCCAUUUUUUGGGUGAUUAUCGUGGGUCAGCCGAGCCGGCUCGUGGUGUUCCUUGUGUCCUCGUUCUUCUGGCUCCUGUCGCUGCUGCUGUCAUCCAUCGCCUGGUUUAUGCUCAAUGAAUUUUUCGACGCCCCGUUCGCCGUUUGCCUCUUCACGUCUGUGGGUUUUCAGGAAUUCUUCAGGUAUCUGGCAUUCCGAACACUGCGCAAGGCCGAGGAGGCGCUGAACGUUGUGAAUCUCGUCGGCUCCGAGUUCGACGUGGCUCUUGUUCGCUACCACACAACGUUCGCCUGCGUCUCUGGCCUUGGCUUUGGAGCUACCAGCGCAGCCUCGGCUAUGCUCAACGUCCUGGCGGACGUGGGCGCCGGACCAGGCACGGUGGGUUUCUUCGGCGACCACAAGAGCCUGGACUGCAUCAUCUACUCGGCGACGGCCGCGUGUUUUGCUCUGCUCCAGACCUUAUGGAGCGUGGUAGCUUUCCACGCGCUGCUAUUCCGGCGCUACUGCGUUUUGCUGUUCGUGCCAGCUGCCCACCUCUUCACCUCGGGCGUGACGAUCCUAACUGGACAGGCGCACCAGGACGUCCAGUACGAGGCCAUACCUCUCGCCGCUGCCGGCGUGGUGCUCUACAUGACUGCUGCCGUGGCUUUCGUUGUGUCCGGAGGCACACAGCGGAACCUGUUUUCAUGCCUCGGUGGUCUGUUACGCAACACAGGUGGAUCCAUCAAUGCUCCAGAAGCCCCUGAGAGGCAGCAGCUGUGA